AAAGUCUACUUUUGAGUUUUGAAUAGGUGAUCUAAGCAAUGAAGCAAUGCAUCGUUGGCAAACUAAUUUCCUUAUAGCUUUCCCUUUCUAGUAAAUUCCAGUGUCUUCUCCUUUUCUCCCACCAAAACAAACCCAUCUUUAACUUCAUACUCCGAAUUUGUUUCUGAUUUUCGACGAUCUAUUAAUUUCCCAAUCCAAAAGAUUUUGAAAAAAAAACAAAGAAAAAAGAAGAAAAAACCAUGGAUUUCGAGCUUCGAAGAGCGAGAGAAAAGUUGCAGAAAGAGCAGAAGGAGAGGAAAGAGAUGGCCAAAUUGAAGCUUCAGAGAGAAAGGAAGGCUAAAGAAGAAGCUUCUAGACAACGCGCUGCCAUUGAAGAAGUUCAGCGAGCUCGCCGUAUCGAUGCCGCUGAAGCUCAGGUUAAGGCAGAUGAGCAAAUGGCUGAAAAUUUACUGUCUGGAGGAGGAAUCAUGUUUCAUCGCAUCUUAGAAGCUGUGCUUUAUCCUGGUGUUGGAGAUAAGAUUAAGCUUCCCUCAUCUUGCUUCACUGAAUUGUCUGAUCAACGUGUUUUUGACAAAGGACCUGUAUACUUCCGGUUGUCUGUCACUGGCCAAGAGAGCUCUUCUGACACCUCUGCUGUUAGCAAGAGUCAUGGAGUUACACAUUCAGGUGUGUUGGAGUUCACAGCAGAAGAAGGGUUUGUUGCUCUUCCUCCACAUGUAUGGAGUAACUUAUUUCCUACAGAAGCACCAACAACCCCGUUAAUUGAGAUUCAGUACGUUCGAUUAUCAAAAGGUUCAUAUGCAAAACUUCAACCAGAAGAUAUUAGCUUUUUGGACAUACCAAAUCACAAGGCUGUCCUUGAAACAAGCCUUCGUCAACAUGCUACUCUUUCUCAGGAUGACAUAAUUACAGUUCGACACGGGGAGCUUACAUUUAAGCUACAUGUCCUUGAAUUAAAGCCCUCGAAAAGUGUUUCCGUUUUAGAGACAGAUAUUGAGGUAGACAUUGUCAGUCCCGAAGCUGCCUCUGAGAAGAGCAACCAAAAGGUCCUAAAACCACUCACUUACGGAGUACCGGAAUCUGGGGUUGUUGAGGAAGGGGUGUAUAUGUAUUACAAAUUCUUGCUCGACAAUGAUGUGUGGAGUGUAAUUGCAUCUAGCAAUUCCAGAAUAGAAGUAAAGUUGGAGGUAGAUACUGAUUCUGGGGAUACAGAUCUUUACAUAUCCAAACAUCCGCUGAUGUUUCCUACACACCAUCAGCACCAUUGGUCCUCUCAUGAUGUGGGUUCCAAGACUUUGAUUCUUAGCUCUCAAGAUCAGAAUCUAGGGUUAGGUACUUGUAGUAUUGGUAUUUAUGGGUUCAAAGGAACAACGAAGUACAAAAUAGUGGUGAGUGUUCAAGAUAAUAGUAACCGUGGCCAACAAGCUGGGUUGUCCACAUCAUCAACAGUUGAUGUAGAUUCCGUGGAAUGUGGGAAUUGCAAGCACUAUAUACCUAGCAGAAGUAUAGCUUUGCAUGAAGCUUAUUGCCGUAGACACAAUGUUGCGUGCCAGUACGCAGGUUGCGGUGUCAUUCUAAGAGUGGGGGAUGCUAAGAAUCAUGUGCAUUGCAACAGAUGUGGGAAGGCUUUCCAGCAAGCAGAGAUGGAGAAGCACAUGAAAGUGUUUCAUGAGCCCCUUCAUUGUUCAUGUGGAGUGGUUCUUGAAAUGGAAGAAAUGGUUCAACAUCAAUCCUCGGAUUGUCCUAUGCGGAUGAUUACUUGCCGCUUCUGCGGAGACAUUGUUCAAGCCGGGAGUUCACCAAUGGACACACGUGACCGGUUUAGAGGACUUACAGAGCAUGAGAGUGUUUGUGGUUCCAGAACUGCCCCGUGUGAUUCAUGUGGACGUUCAGUUAUGUUGAAAGAGAUGGACAUUCACCAAAUUGCUGUGCACCCGAAUAAUUAACCCAUUCUUCCUCAUAUUAUGCAUAUAUUAUGGUUCAACAUCGUAAUGUAGAUUCUGGAAACUGGCUACUUUAGUAAACCGCUGAAUAAUGCGGUAUUCAUAUUCAAGAUUUGUACUUGUGAGAAUUGUAUCAUUACUAUUGCUGGCAAGAAAAUGAAUGUAUUUCCUUUCUUUUGUUGUGAGCUGAAA